UUAGAGGGGGAAAAAGGAUUGGCUCCAAAGGCGGAAGAGGAGGAAAAAGGAUUGGCUCCAAAGGCGGAAGAGGGGGGUGGGUCCCAGGUCCCAGGUCCAGAGGCUCGGACCUCCAGUCCCACAUGACGCCGCGCGGCUCUGGUGCAUCAUCAUUCUAGUUAAGGCCCGCCCUUUCCCCCCCCUCCCUCCUUUUCCACUCUUUUUCCAUCCUCCACCUUUUCUCAUCACCGGGUCCUCUCCGGGAGCCGCAUGUAGGGGCGGAGCACGGAAUGCUUCCCUUCCAGCCAAUCAUAACCUGGCUGCCUCUCUAUUGGCUGAGCCCCUUUGUACUGUAGCAAAUAGAUUGUGAAUUUUGGGAACAAGAGUCACGUGUUACAGGCUAGCCAACCAAUGAGGGCGCGAGAGCUGUGUACGCAGGGGGAGGCACGUGCCGAGCCGCACGUGUCUGGGGGAAGGGGCGGGACCCGCCGAGGGAGAAGCGGAGGUGGAUAGCCGGGAGAGACUGAGACCGAGCUGGAGGCAGAGGCUAGGCUGAACCGACGGGCGCAGGUUCCUAUCUUUGGGUGCUCCAGGAGCUGCUUUCCAGCCCCUGCUUCUGGACCUAUGGAUUCUCCAUGUAGCGUUUCUUCCUAUUCCUCCUACUCUCUUUCUUCUUCUUUUUCCACCUCCCCAGCGAACAGUGAUUUUGGCUUCCCCUCCAAAAGUGAGAGGGAGGACAAUGGACCCAAGCCAAAUACUUUUGGGCAGAGGGGAGGUUCACGGCCCAGCCCAGGUCCUAUCCGCAGCAGGCAUCGAUCCAAGCUUUCCAGUAACCAACAUACAGCGUCUCACCCGGAACCGCGGGGCUUGGCUUCUCCUAUGGCAGGAUCUGGGGUCAAAAGAUCAAGAGAUGGUGAAUUGGAGACCAGUCUGAACAUUCAGGGUUGUACCACAGAAGGAGACCUGCUAUUUGCUCAAAAGUGUAAAGAACUCCAAGGAUACAUAACCCCUCUCACAGACCUACUAAAUAGGCUGAAGAUGGGUCGUUUUGAGAGAGGAUUGAGCAGUUUCCAGCAGAGUGUGGCAAUGGACAGGAUCCAGCGUAUUGUAGGUGUUUUACAGAAGCCAUAUAUGGGGGAACGUUAUCUGGGAACCUUGCUACAGGUAGAAGGGAUGUUAAAGACUUGGUUUCCUCAUAUAGCUUCCCAGAAAUCAUUGCUGAAUCGCAGCAGGCAUGAGCUGACCAAGCAUUUUCCAAGCCACCUCAGUGAUGCAGCUGCUUUCUCUCCUGUAUCUUCCAUGGAAAAGAUGGACCAGUCACAGCUCGGACAUGUAGUUUUGAAACCAGAGCAGCCCUGUCACCUCACAGAUUGGCCAGCUCUGAACCUUACCUGGAUCCAUACCACUCCAAUUUGCAACCCCCCUCUCAGUUCCCCAGGUACCAUCUCAUUUAGCCAUGGUCCUUUAGGCACUGGAACCAGCAUUGGCAUCAUCUUUUUUCUCCAGCAUGGAGUGCAGCCUUUCACCCAUUCUACCCUGACCAUUCCAGUUCUGCCUACUACAGCGUCUCCUGUCAUCUCUGGUGAUCCUAAGAAACUAUAUAGAGAAGGUCCUCGUUGCUACAGUUUGCCAGUAACUCUGCCAUCAGACCGGAGCUGUCCCCUUUUCCCUCCCAGUCUACCCAUCAUGGCAAGAGAGAUGACUGUAGGACACCUAGAGCAACAGAUGAGAAGCAGUCCUCCAGUUGCUCCAGAUGCCCAUCUUCUCAACCCCUAACCCAGGCCAUGCAACUGUCCUCUGUGGUUUCUAGUAUGUGUAUGUAUUUUUACUUUUAAUGUGUGCACUUGUGUUAAGAGAAUAUAAAUCCUUUGUAAUUAAAGAAUUUUUUU